AUGGGAGAUAUGAGAAACUUGCUGAAGAUGUUAAUGAUGGUUGUAUUUGUUGGAUGGAUGUUCGUUUGGGUUAUGAUUUCAACUAACCUUUUCAAAAACAAGUGGACUCCCAAAAUGACCAAGUAUUUCAAUACUACUUAUUUUGGUCCUCAAGGCACAAAUCUGGUGUUUCUCACGGUUCCAAUGAUGUCCGUUGCGGUUCUGAGUUGUGUUUAUUUGCAUAUCCAGAAAAUCCCCACACAAAGGCAAAGAGAAAGGAAGAUAAAAGGGAGGGUGAUGAUGGUGAUGAGCCCACUGGGAAUAGUGACAGUCACAGAGUUAACUUUUUCACUAUUAUUUGUGGCUCUUUUGAUUUGGCCUCUCUCUAAUUAUCUUUACCGUAGCUAUAGCGCUCCUCCUUAUGACCAUCACGACAAUGCCAAAUUAUGGCAGGCGAAAUUUAGGUCUUUUGGUCUAAGGAUAGGAUACGUUGGCCACAUUUGUUGGGCAUUUUUGUUUUUCCCUGUGACAAGAGCCUCUACGAUUCUUCCACUAGUCGGGUUGACUUCAGAGUCAAGCAUCAAAUAUCACAUUUGGCUUGGAUAUAUCUCAAAUUUUCUCUUCCUUGUUCACACCGUUGUUUUUCUUAUCUACUGGGCCAUGGUUGAUACGUUGAUGGAGACGUUUGAAUGGGAUCCGUCAGAUGUCCCUAAUCUAGCCGGAGUAAUAGCGAUGGUGAUUGGAAUCGUGAUGUGGGUGACGAGUUUAGCAUACUUUAGGCGAAAGAAGUUUGAGAUUUUCUUCUACACUCACCAUCUCUACGGUCUCUUCAUAGUCUUUUACGUGCUUCAUGUUGGAGACUCAUGGUUCUGCAUGAUCUUGCCCAACAUCUUCCUCUUCUUUAUCGACCGCUACUUGAGAUUCUUACAAUCCACCAAGAGAUCUAGACUUGUCUCUGCUCGGAUCUUACCUUCAGAUAAUCUCGAGCUCACUUUCUCCAAAACCCCAGGCCUACAAUACACACCAACGAGCAUAUUGUUUCUACAUGUGCCAAGCAUUUCCAAGCUUCAAUGGCAUCCAUUCACGAUAACUUCAAGCAGCAACUUGGAAAAAGAUACACUAAGUGUUGUCAUCAGAAGACAAGGAAGCUGGACUCAAAAGCUUUACACUCAUAUCUCUUCCUCCAUUGAUUCUCUAGAGGUUUCCACUGAAGGUCCUUAUGGUCCUAACUCCUUAGACUUGAGGCAUGACUCUCUAAUACUAGUGAGCGGGGGAAGUGGAAUCACUCCCUUCAUUUCAAUUAUCAGAGAACUCAUAUUCCAGACCCAAAACCAAACCACAAAACUACCAGAUGUUCUUCUUGUUUGUGCCUUUAAACAUUACCACGAUCUUGCGUUAUUAGACCUAAUCUUCCCAUCAGAUAUUUCAGCCUCAGACAUCUCUAGGCUGAAUCUCCGGAUCGAGGCCUACAUAACACAAGAAGACAAGAAGCCAGAGGCAGCUAAUGAUCACAGAUUGUUGCAAACAAAAUGGUUCAAACCGCAGCCUCUAGACUCUCCCAUUUCACCAGUCCUUGGACCUAACAACUUACUCUGGCUAGGAGUCGUGAUCUUAUCAUCAUUCCUCAUGUUUCUUUUGCUCAUAGCAAUUGUCACACGUUAUUAUAUAUACCCUGUUGAUCAUAACACGGGAAAUAUUUACAAUUUCUCGUACAGAUCGCUCUGGGAUAUGUUCCUAGGAUGUGUUUGCAUUUUUAUUUCUUCAAGCCUAGUUUUCUUGUGGCGCAAGAAAGUGACCAAAGAAGAAAACAAGGAGUCUAUGGAUCAAGUACAAAGCUUAGGUUUACAGAUGUCUACGUCUUCUCCAAGUUCAUGGUUCUACGGGAGUGAGAGAGAGCUAGAGAGCGUUCCGUAUCAAUCUAUAGUACAAGCCACUUCAGUCCAGUUCGGCGCCAAACCUAAUCUGAAGAAAAUUCUACUAGAUGCAAAAGGUUCUAAAGACGUUGGGGUCAUGGUGUGUGGACCAAAAAAUAUGAGGCAUGAUGUGGCAAGGAUAUGUUCAUCUGGUUUAGCUAAAAACCUUUACUUUGAGGCAAUUAGUUUCAACUGGUGAUCGGUUCCAUGUUCUAUCUUAUGUUUGUUUAUGUCGAUUGUAACGACUUGAAAAUUUAGAUGGUUAGCGGUUUAAUUAUUAUGUUAAUACAAUGCAAAAAAAAUGGAAUGUUGAUGUAUGUUUA